AUGGAAAUAGAUAACAAUCCUAAUCCACAAUGGAUUCAAGAUGAAACUGACAAAAUUCGUUUAUCACUUCUUAAUGAAUUGCAUCGAAUUGAAAAUGAAGUUAAUGAACAAUUUCUAUCAUUUAAAACUGAUUUCGAUUUACGACAACCAAAAAUAUGUCAAACAUCAAAAAUAAUAUCAUCAGAUCGUCAAUUGAAUAAAACACGUUUAUUUAUUGCACGAAAUUCAAUUUUAACUGAUUUAUUUCAAACAUCACAUAUACGAAGUUUAAGAAAUGUUUUUGUUGCAGUUUUAAUUAUAUUUGUUAUACAAGUUGCAAUUAAUGAUUUAGUUGGAAAUGGAAGAUUAAAUCUACAUUUUGAAUUAAUCUUUCAAUGUUUUGCUAAUUUACAUAUUGCAUUAUUUAUUUGGCUUAUUAUGAAAUUAUGUACAUCUGUAGUGGUCUUUAUGGGAUUUCAUUAUUGGUCUAAUAAUAGAAUUUCUUAUUUAAAAAAUGCAAAAUAUUUAAUACUUCCAUGUCGUGAAAUUGUUAAACAUCAGUUACCUGUUGCUUCAUCUCUUAUUGUUUUACUUGAACAACUUCGACAAUUAAUGAAAACCUAUUCAUUUGUUCGUGAAAAUGUCGAGAAAGUGUGUUUACAAUGUCAUAAAAUAAUGGAAUUAAAUUCAAAUGAAGAUAAUGAUAUAGAAAAAAUAACUUCACCAGAUUUUUCAAAAUAUUUAUAUUUUUUAUUUGCUCCAACAUUAAUUUAUUGUGAUACAUAUCCUCGUACUGCAGUGAUACAUUGGGAUUAUGUUUUACAAAUGUUUGGACAAGUAUUUGCAUCUAUCGUUUAUGUUUAUUAUGUUGUCGUUCGAUUUUGUGUACCAACAUUUGAAAAUUUAAAUCAAAAUGAAAUAACAUUACCAAUAUUUAUAACUGUUCUGUUUAAUUCAAUUAUGCCUGGAAGUCUUUUUCUAUUGUUAGGUUUUUAUGGAUUUCUACAUUGUUGGUUAAAUGCAUUCGCAGAAAUGCUUCGUUUUGCUGAUCGAAUGUUUUAUAAAGAUUGGUGGAAUUCAACUUCAUUUGCAGCUUAUUAUCGAACAUGGAAUGUUGUUGUACAUGAUUGGCUUUAUACAUAUGUUUACAAAGAAAUUUUUAUACUUAGUGGAAGAAAAAAUCGUGUUAUUCCAGCUGUUUGUGUAGUACUUUUAUCAGCUACUUUUCAUGAAUAUGUUAUGAUAUUUGCACUUGGAUUUUUUUAUCCAGUUAUGUUUUUAUUAUUUGGAGUUGUUGGAAUGGCUUUUCUUUUCUUUUUACCGAGAAAUAAAGGUGUUGUAUACAAUAUAUUACUUUGGGCAUUUUUAUUAAUCGGUGUUGGUCUUCAAUCAUGUUUCUAUUUCAUGGAAGCUUAUGCAAGAAAAUCAUGUCCACCGAAUGAUACUAUUUGGGAUAAAGUGAUACCGAGAUCUGUUGUUUGUCGUGUUUCAUUACCAUCAACUAAACUUCUACAUAUUGAUUUAUAA